CUCUCAUUCCCCCUUCCCCCUCUCUCUAUUCCCCUCCCCCUUUCCCACCUCCCUAACCCCACCCACCUCCCGCUGCCGCCGCCGCCGCCGCCGCCGGAACCCUAGCUCCGGCGAGCCCCCCGCCUACCUGCACCCUUCUCGGUCCCCGAAGCCGCGGAUCGCUCUCGGGAGCUGGGGGCCACGGAGCGCACGAUCGCGAGAUCGGGCCCCAUGUCGGGGGGCGGCAGGCCGCCGGCCGCGCAGAAGAUCCUGCAGUCGCUGCGUCCGCCCCCGGUGUUCUCCGCGCCCGCGCGCCCGCCCUUCGCCUCCCCCGACGACUACCACCGCUUCCCCGCGCCGACUCCCUCUUCUGCCACCGGCUCCGGCUCCGGCGGCAUCGGCGCCGGUGGUGUUGGUGCUGAUAUUGAGGAAGGACUUAUUAUACGGACGCCGUCCCCUCUUGUGCAGCUAAAAAGAAAAGCCGCACGUGAAGAAAAUGAUGCUUCUGAGUCAAGUGACUGUAUGAUUAUCAGCCCUGGAUUUACUGGCAAUAAACUACUCACUCCAGUGUCUGGAAAAGCUGUUAAGACUUCUAAAUCAAAGGCUAAGAAUAACAAAGCUGGGCCUCAGACACCAACACAAAAUGUUGGCUCACCACUCAAUCCAGCAACUCCUGGUACUUGCCGCUAUGACAGUUCAUUAGGACUUUUGACAAAAAAGUUCAUCACCUUGCUCAAGCAAGCUGAUGAUGGCAUUCUAGAUUUGAAUAAUGCUGCAGAAACACUAGAGGUUCAAAAGCGGCGCAUAUAUGACAUCACCAAUGUCCUUGAAGGAAUUGGUCUUAUAGAAAAGACGCUCAAGAACAGAAUUCGUUGGAAGGGGUUGGAUGAUUCAGGAGUUGAAUUAGAUAAUGGCCUUUCAGCUUUGCAGGCAGAAGUUGAAGAUCUUAAUCUGCAGGAGCAAGCCUUAGAUGAGCGUAUAAGCGAUAUGCGCGAAAAGCUGAGGGGGUUAACAGAAGAUGAGAACAGUCAAAGAUGGCUCUAUGUGACUGAAGAUGAUAUCAAGGGAUUACCCUGCUUUCAGAAUGAAACUUUAAUUGCAAUUAAAGCUCCUCACGGUACUACACUUGAAGUACCAGAUCCUGAUGAGGCCGGUGAUUAUCUCCAGAGGAGAUAUAGAAUCGUAUUAAGAAGUACAAUGGGCCCAAUAGAUGUUUACUUAGUCAGUCAAUUUGAUGAGGGAUUCGAGGAUUUGGGUGGUGCAGCAACACCUCCAAGACAUACAAAUGUGCCAACACACCGUCCUCCUGAAGACUUACAUACGACGAAUGCUGCACAAAGUAGCAAAUCAAUGGAUGUGGAGCAUAAUAUUCAGUACAGCCAGAAUACUCCACAUGAUCCUAGCUCUGCACAUGAUUUUGGUGGAAUGACAAGGAUUAUUCCUUCAGAUGUUAAUACUGAUGCAGAUUACUGGCUCCUAACAGAGGGGGAUGUUAGCAUUACCGAUAUAUGGAAAACAGCACAAGUGCAGUGGGACUCUGAUGUGUUUUUACCUGAAGACGUUAGCACCCCACGUGCACAUAAUCAGCAUCCAGUUGCGGUUGGUGAGUCACGGAUGCAGGUUCAGAGCAUGGAUCAACCUUAAGAUCAUGGGUGUAGAAAAGAUUGGAAACUUGACAUCUAGAAUGCUUGGAGCACGUCAGAAGUGAAAAGUGCUGAGAGCAAGGUGGUUUUCAGCAGAAUCUGCAUCUUCUAUAGGGAAGCCAGGGCAGCAAGUUCAGACUGAUACUGUUCCAAAUUCACAAUUUUUGUGGAGAUUGGUGGUGUCAACUAACUUAUCAAUCUGGUGCCCAGUUUGUUCUGGCACCGUGGUUCAGCCAAGCAAGCGUCCAACUGCAGAUUGGACCGUGCAUUCCGGCUGCUGUGCUCAUUCAGGCACCGCUCUAUUUAAUUUCUAACUGAAUAGUCAGUAGUGGCCUUGUGUUGUUCCGCUGGAAUCGUCACAAAGUUGGUGUAAGCAAUGCACGUAAUGGUGCAGUACUCAAGUUAUCCUUGUAACAACACAAAACAGUGGGUGAGAUGAUGUACCAAGCAGUCUCUGUACAAUUGUUCCAAACUCUCCCCCUCAUCUGGGGAAUUUUAUGCUCAGGAAGUUACUGCAAUCUAAUUGAGGGUGUUCACAAA